UCAUGGAGAAGCAUAUUUAUAUCGAAAGUACUUGCCACUCAAAGAUUGACAGAAGGUUGCUAGUACAUCUUUGUCUGAUAAACUUUGCCGUUAUGGAUGGAAUUGAUAGAAUGGCGUGUCUGUGUUUUGGGACGUAAAUUUUACCGGGAGAAGUAGGAGUAGUUUGUCAACAGUGGUGUGGGUGCGUUACGCGAAAGUGUCAUGGCGUGGGUUGUUACGUUUACACAUAAUUUGCUGACUGUACGGGUUUCGAAUGCCGUACAUAUUUCGGUUGUAUCAACCUUAUGGCUAAAGUAAAUUUGUUUAAAAUUUUAUAUGUGAAAAUGAUUCUCGUUUUAAAAUUUUAACCAGAAAUUGAAGACACCUAUCUCCAAUUCUGUAUGUGUGUGUUCGUGAAAUUCUUAACCAGACGAUUUUGAGUGCUUCCUGUCUAUCGUUUGUAGUAUAGUGCAUGAAAGUUCAAAAGAAAGUGGAGAUUAACGAUGAAAAGUAGUGGACUGCAAAGGUAAAAUUCCUCAGUUGUUUGGUACUCGGGAACCAUAAUGUGUGAUGAAUUCUCGAGAAAGGCCCUGAAAGUUGCAGUGGCAUUGAUAUGUCAGACCAUUGGAUGGAAUUCGAUUAUGAGCACACCUCUGGAAAUUAUGAUUGAUCUUCUUCAGAGAUAUCUCGUGGAACUUGGUCGAGUCACUCACCGGUAUGCAGAGCUCUUUGGACACACACAACCUAAUCUCGAUGACCUAGGUCUUGCGUUUCGAGAAAUGGGAAUAAAUUUGCAGGAUAUGGAGGAUUAUAUUAAAAACGUGGAAUCUGUACCAUGUCAUGGUGAAAUUCCAAAGUUUCCUGUUCCUCGAGACUCUCAUCUGAAUUUUUUGAAACCAGGGAGCAGGGAAGUUGUUACACGACCAGUUCAUGUGCAUGAGCACUUACCUCCUAUGUAUCCUGAAAUGGAAGAAGAUGAAUAUUUAUUGAAGCAGUCCCCACUUUCGGUUGACACUUCAAACAAUUUGGGAUCUACAUCACCACUCUCUAGUCCAAAGUCGAACGUAUUCAAAAGACCAGGGGAUCCUGUUUCCUUGGAGAACCCUGUUUUGAAGAGGACGAGAAUGUUGAUGGAAGAAGAAGGUCGUCCUCUUCGAGAAAUCAGUAGUGUUAUGAUGACAACAUCUGGAUUUCUAUCACCUGCACGGGAAGGAAAGCUUCCUGAAUCACGAACGCCAUUGCAACCUUCUGAUUCUCGUUCCAAUUCUCCUCAGCCUUCAUCGUACCCCAUGGUACCCCCAGAAGUGAAAGGUGAGAAGAAAUCUAAAAAAGCUACACAGAAGAAAGCAGUUGACGCUGUUAAAAAAACAGACAAGGAAAAUAAAAAGGAACACAGAGUGAAAGAACUUGUUAAAUCUGGCAAAGGACACGCCAGUGACGAAACAAAAGUUAAAAAGUUAGUCAGUAUGAAGGAACUUUCUAAACUGAAAGCCUUGAAACCAGGAGCUGUAAAAAUGUCACAGAAUUUUCAGUUAGCAGGUCCAAGUUCAUCUAACAAACCAGGCAAACUUCCGGUAUCAAAAUUAUCUGCAAUUAAAACUGCUGUUCCAGACACUCAGAAAAUCAUGAGACAUGUGUCACCUGUGGCAAAAUUGUCUAAACCAGAAAAAGUGCAUACUGCUACACUUCCACAACUUAAAUUAAAUUCACCAGAAAAAAGUAGGGAACCAACUAUAAUAGAAGGAAAAUUGUCAACAGAACCCGAUAAACAGAAACUCAACAUUUUCAAAAAAAUAUCAAAAGUCAAGGAAGAGAAGGUUGACAGGAUAGAAAAAAUUGAUAGGACUGAAUCUGCAGAUUCAGUUAUGAGAGAUUCACGUGAAAGUUCUCCAAGAUUGAUAAUAGAUGAAUCAGAAAUGAACAGCCGGCAAAGAGAAGCACGAAUGGCCCAGAUAGAUGACUGUAUUGAUGCAGUCAUUCAGCAGGGUAUGGAGAUUGUUAAUGAGGACAAUAAUAGUUCUCACAGUAAAUUAUCAACACCAGGGAAUGAUGUGGCAAGGGGAAACAGUUUGGCAUGUGUAACAAGUCAUCAACCAGGUUCGGAUGAACUAUAUAUGUAUGAUGAUGAUCUUUCACCACCUGGAACUCCAUCGUCUACCCCAAAGACUCCUGAGCUUCCGACACCAUCUCGUAAAGCUGAAAAAAUGCCAGAAGUUAAAGAAAAGAAAAAGAAAAAAGAAAAAUCAAAAACAAAGAAAGAGUCAAAAACAAAAUCUCAGAAAGAGUUGCACAGUCCUAAGAAGCCAAAGAUAGAAUUGAUGGACUUAGACAGUUCAGAGAAACCGAAAACUCCCGAAGCGGAAGAACCAUGUGAAAUAGUUCAGCCACCAGUUUUUCCUUUCUUUUCACAUUUUCCUCCAACACCAGGCCUUAUUCCUCCUCCUCUAGGACAUCCACUUUUCCCAAGGUUUCCUCUCCCCCUUGGAAAAAACUUACCUCAUCCUGCAAUGCCCAAUCUGCCCCUUCCACCACCACUUCUUAUGCAGCCUCCUGCUGAAGAGCCAGAAGAGGAAUCACCAAAGACUCCUGAAAGAUCUUCAAGUCUCUCUUCUUCAGGUCCAGUUCCAGCAAAUGUAAAAGCAGAUUCUCCUGAAAAGGUGCAGAUAUCUAGUCACAUCAUAAAGAAAACCCUUGAAAAGAAAGUGAAAGAGCACCGAAAGGAGAGAAAAGAUAAAGCAAAGAAGAAGAAGGAAAAAAAGCUGAAAGCAAAGAAAGAAAAAGGAGAAAAAAGGAAAAUCAAAUUAGAGAAGAAAGAAAAACUCAAAGAGAAGAUCAAAGAAAAGAAAGAAAAGAAAGAAAAACGUAAAGAAAAAGAGAUCUUAUUUUGUGGAUAG